AUGAUGAAGAAGAUGCAGGAAAUGAUGGGAAUGGGUUCCAAAAGUGGCAAGGCUGAAAAGGGUGCGAAGAAAAAAACCAAGGACAACGCCAACGUUGUUUUUGUGGGUGGCUUAAGGAAAACUACUGAGGAGGACAGAGUAGCAGCCCACUUUGCAAAAUUUGGUCAGGUUGAACAGGUGGAUAUCAAACGCCUUCCAGAUGGAACUUCUAGAGGUUUUGCAUUCAUUAAGUUUGCUGACACUGAUGCAGUUGACAAAGUCAUCGAGGCUCAUGCCAAGCACAUGAUCGACAACAAGUGGGUCGAAGUCAAGAAGCACGACGGAAUAGCAGCAUCCGUACGCGACCUCGGUCUCUACAACGCUUUGAGAAAGAAACCAGGGAAAAUCUAUUGUGAGAAUUGUGAAAGCUACUUGCUGCAUGCAAUCGGUGCCAAGCACCUGGGUGCUUUUAGUGAUGGCGACAUGGGCGGCAUAGCUGCAAGCGCCCGGGCCUGCCUGGCUAUGGAACUAGAAGAGGCCGGGUUCUGCAAGAACUUCAGAGAUGCACUAAGUUCACCCUGGGCUUUGCAUCAGUGGCUGCAGGAUCAGCUUUUGUAUUGGCAGGCAGAGGAGUGCAGCUCCUCGUUAGAGAAUGCCAGACUCAUCGAGGAACAUUUCGAGCUGUUGAAAUCGAAGGGAUCGCUUGCCCACCGCUUCCAUGGUCAUCCAAGGGCAGUAGAUGAAUCGAAGGAGAUCAAGAAAGAGAGGGCUAUUCAGUUGGAAGUUGCUUGGUGCAAUGAGCUGAUCAGCAAGCUUAUGAAGAUGCACCAUUUCAAGGCAAGGGUCAAAACCCAGGAGGAGCAGCUGGAAGGUGAGCUUGAAGAUGCGAAAGGUGCAUGGAGAGAAGCCUCUGAGCAAGCAGUGGCCCUCCGUUGGGCUGCACUGGUGGCCGGAAGCUCGCAGAAGGCAAAGAAAGUUUGGGAGGAAGAGGCUGCAGCCUUUGUGGUUGCAAAAAGUCACGAGACGAGGGAGGUGCUCAGAGAAAUGGAGGCAGAGAACUGCGGCUUGGCUGGUGGCUUGGAGGAGGGUGCCAGAAAGCUAAUCAACGCGCUCAGCCUGCCAUGGGUUCAAGAGGUGCGUGAUCAAGGAGACGAAGCAAGGGUCAGAAGAAUGCUGAAGGAGGUUGAAGCGAGAUUGCAAAAGGAGAAGAACGCGGUUAUCAUUACCAAGGAUUCCAUUUGGGCAUGCCAGCAGCAAGACGCAGCAACAAAAAUCCAGUUGCUUCGGCAGCAGCAUUUGAAGCUGCACUCUGAAAAAUCAGAACUCGAAGAUCACGUGCAGAGGUUGAGGCAGAGCAGUGCCGCGGAGAGGGACAAUUUUGAGCGGAAAGUCGCACGGGAAGAGAGAACUGCGGAGAGUGCCGAAGAUCUUGCAGAAGCAGGACAACGACAACUGCAGGAACAGCUGCAAUUAGGGAGAGGAAGGCUUGCAGAACAGCGUGCCCACAUAGUCCAAGCACUAACAGCACGGGCAGAAGAGGAGGAAGCACAUGCGAAGCGGCACCAAAAGGUGGAAGAAGAGUUGAGAAGUGAAGUAAGGAGUGCAGAGCAAGCCUCAAGUACUUCACAAAACCUUUUGACGAGGCCUCACCAACACUUGGUGUGCAGCAUGUUGUGUAGCCUAGCAGCAAGGCUGAUACUCGCAGCUCUUUGA